UGUGAGGUAUGCUUCCCUGCCUCCAGCAGUGGGCAGUGGUCACGCGACCUUCAGUGUGGUUGUAGACGCAGUUAUAAGAACACUUCACACACUCCCCAUCAUGGCUAAGAAAAAGAUGUGGGGUGGUCGUGAGUUCUGGGGAUUUGGAUCAGAACACGACCCGGACUGGAUCCUCACUGAGAAACAAAAGAAAAUCCAAGCUGACCUCAUUGAGGUGUGCAGAGUUAAGAUCAGACCCCAGGCAAUCAUCUGUGACCGCAAAUAUGAGUUUCCAAGAGAAUCUUUAAACGCCUUGGCUGAGAUAGGUCUUCUUGGUCUGCUGGUGCCUGAGGAACUGGGAGGUCUGGGGGAGAACCACGUAUGUUGUUCCAUGGUCUGUGAGACCUUAGCUCGCUAUGGCUGCCCAUCUACCGCCAUGGUCUACACAAUGCAUAUAGGAGCUGUUGCCAAUCUGCUGUUCCGUCAUCAUAACAGUCGCCGCAUCAAGGAGCUGCUGUCUCGCCUGGACAAGGACAAACUGGUUGGCACACUCUCCUACUCCGAUCCUGUUACAGGUGGUCACUUUUGGUUUCCAAUGUCUUCCAAGGUGCAGUACGUUGAUAAAGAAACGAUCCAACUCCUUAAAUUUGGAUCGUGGUGCACCAGUGCUGGAAAUGCUGACUGGUACGUUGUACAGACCAUCAGUCCUGACUACGGCGGUGAUUACUCCAAUCUUUCCUGCUUCCUCAUCUAUAAGGAUGAAGUACGUGCCAACACGGACGACUGGCAGGCACUGGGCAUGCACGGCAACAUGUCUGGACCACUGGUAAUUGAGGGCAAGUUUAACCUGGACAGAAUGAUUGGACCACCUGGUGACGGCCGCAUGAGUAACGAUGAGACUGGAGACCCAUACUUCCUGAUCUGCACCGCUUCUGUGUGGAACGGUAUCUCUCUGGCCUGCCUUGACGUGGCUAAGAUGCAUGUUACCCGCAAAACUCAUGCUGACAUGGGCAUGCGUGUGUGUGACUACCCUACUAUACAGGAUUACUUCGGAGACUGUACAGCGGACACCAACUCCUCACGAGCGUUCACCUUCAUGAUGUGUCAAGCCUUGGAUACCAACACCAACAACAAUGACUGGUCACUUUACACUGACCUGAAGUUCCAAGCAAGAGCGCAAUUAUUCCACUGGCUUUUCCAAACUAAGUUUAUUGCUGCCAAGAAUGUGUCUACAGUUUCUGACACGAUGUUGCAUGCCUGUGGUGGAACAGGCUACAAGAUCGAGCUCGGUCUGGAGCGACUCUUGAGGGAUGCUAAAGCAGGCUGGGUGAUGGGGCCUUCCAAUGAGGUGAUAAGACAAAUUGUGGGCAAGUUUGUUUUAUUAGGCCCAGAGUCCAUUGACUUUUGGGACCAACAUCCCAACGAGCGAAUGAUUCACCACGAGCUGCAGAAGAUGAACCUCAGUGAGAAGAAGAAGCUGGUCAAGGCUCUGCUGGAGGAUGUACAGGCGGAGGAGAGGGGCGCUGAGGCCAAGCAUCCAUUCCAGGAAACUGACUUUGAAAACCCCUUCAACACGUGUCCACCUGCAGUUAAUGACCAGGUCAUCAAGACGAAUGAUGGAGUGAAUCAUGCCCCAGCACUCAAGCCUGACCAGUGGGUACCUCUCACCCUCCAGUCUAACAAACUUGUUAGUGAGAAGAUGGGAGCUUUUGUCUUCUCUCUGCCUAACAAGACUGACCACUCAGGAUGUUUACCAGGGCAGUAUGUUGCUGCUAAAGUCACAGUCCAGGGCAAGGAACAUCUGCGUUACUUUUCACCCGUGUCUUGUCCAGAUGACUUCGGUCACAUUGACCUGGUGUUGAGGUUUGAGACUCAGGGAGUCAUGUCCUGCUACUUCAAGACUCUCAGGCCAGGGGAUAAAGUAGACUUCCAGGGACCAUGUGGAGGGUUCGAAUAUGAAGCCAACCAGCUGGAUGAGCUCACUCUGCUGGCGUCUGGAGGUGGUGUCACUCCAGCUGUACAACUCAUCCGCUCCAUCCUCACUAACAACCAGGAUAAAACAAAGAUCACACUAUUAUACUUCUCUGAAAAUUAUAAUGAAAUCCUCUUCCGUGAGGAGCUUGACCAGUACGCAGAGAGUGAGAAGCGGCUGCGACUGGUGUACACCCUGGGUGAGGCUCCAGAAAACUGGGACGGUGAGGAGGGUUUCAUAGACACACAUAUGAUUGCCAGACAUAUUGGCAAGCCUAAUGGAAUACGACAUAAGAUUGUGAUGUGUGGUGGACCAAGUAUGAGUAUGUCGUGUCUACACUCCCUCCGUUCACUUGGCUUCCCCUCUUCAUGUAUCUUCAUUUACGGCCAGUGUGGUUCAGAGUUAGUGAAGGCAGUGUAUGGUAAAAAUGUCCAGCUGGCCACUCACCGCUGUGACAAUGUUGUCUAGAGGAGAGUCAUGCCACUGGCACCAUCAGCACCUGCUUGGAUUAUCAUGGGUAAUUUAUACUAUGUAUGAUAAUUGUACUGAUGUGUACCUGUACCUAAAGAAACUUAUUAAUCUUAUUUGUUAAAUGAUAAAUUAAAAUGUAAAAUAAUCUGAUUUGUACUUCAGUACAAAUCAGCUGACCCAUCAAGGCGAAAAUCAACCAUUUGGGUUAUUUUAGGUACGAUACAAGUUGUCCCAUCAACAAUUUGUUGAACUUAGGGAGUCAUAUAAACAGACAAUACAAUAAGUGUCAGGGGCCCGAGACUGUUCAACUGCCUCUCAGCAUGCAUAAGGGGGAUUACCAAUAGACCCCUGGCUGUCUUCAAGCUGGCACUAGACAAGCACCUAAAGUCGAUACCUGACCAGCCAGGCUGUGUAUUAAAGAGUCAGAAAAACUAUAUAAUGUAUAUUUCAUAGUCAGAAACACUGUGUGAUGUAUAUUACACGGUCAAAUACUACAUGAUUUAUAUUAGAGUCAGAAACACUAUACAAUGUAUAUUACAGAAACAAUAUAUGAUGAUACUAAUUGACAAGAAAAUAAUAUACAUCUAAUACUUGGAGAGAAUUUCGGGGGUCAACGCCCCCUGAGCCCGGUCUGUGACCAGGCCUCAUGGUGGAUCACGGCCUGAUCAACCAGGCUGUUACUGCUGGCCGCACGUAAUCUAACUCACGAACCACAGUCAGGCUGGUCAGGUACUGACUUUAGGUGCUUGUCUAGUGCCAGCUUGAAGACAGCCAGGGGUCUAUUGGUAAUCCCCCCUGUUGUAUGGUGGGAGGCAGUCGAACAGUCUUGGGCCCCUGACACUUACUGUGUUGUCUUUUAUCGUGCUAGUGACACCCCUGCUUUUCAUUGGGGGGAUGUUGCAUUGUCUACCGAGUCUUUUGCUUUCGUAAGGAGUGAUUUUCGUGUGCAAGUUUGGUAUUAGUCCCUGUAGGAUUUUCCAGAUGUAUAUAAUCCUGUAUCUCUCCCACCUGCGGUCUAGGGAGUACAGGUUGAGGAACUUCAAGCGUUCCCAGUAACUAAGGUGUUUUAUCUCCGUUAUGCGAACCGUGAAGGUUCUCUGUACAUUUUCUAGGUCAGCAAUUUCACCUGCCUUGAAAGGUGCUGUUAGUGUGCAGCAAUAUUCCAGCCUAGAUAGAACAAGUGACCUGAAGAGUGUCAUCAUGGGCUUGGCCUCCCUAGUUUUGAAGGUUCUCAUUAUCCAUCCUGUCAUUUUUCUAGCAGAUGCGAUUGAUACAAUGUUAUGGUCCUUGAAGGUGAGAUCCUCCGACAUGAUCACUCCCAGGUCUUUGACAUUAGUUUUUCGCUCUAUUGUGCGGUUGGAAUUUGUUUUAUACCCUGAUGAAGUUUUAAUUUCCUCAUGUUUUCCAUAUCGGAGUAAUUGAAAUUUCUCAUCAUUGAACUUCAUAUUGUUUUCUGCUGCCCAUUUAAAGAUUUAGUAGAUGUCCAACUGGAGUCUUGCAGUGUCUUCAUUGGAGGACACUGUCAUGGCAAUUCGGGUGUCAUCUGCAAAAGAAGACACGGCGCUUGGCUAUGUCCGAUAUGAGGAUGAGGAACAAGAUGGGAGCGAGUACUGUGCCUUGUGGAACAGAGCUUUUCACCGUAGCCGCCUCAGACUUGACUCUGUUGACUACUACUCUUUCUGUUCUGACAUAUCAAUUUCGUAGUAAUGUCCUAGGAUGUACCAUUACUAAGAUUAUUAUAAUACUAAUAAUUUUUACAAGCACGUGAUACGUAAUUGUUAGUAGUGAUUUUUUUUAAUCCACAAUAUUGGGAGUUUUGCUGACCUUUAGAAGAGUGCCAAAAAUUGUGUAUGGCACUGUAAUAGAGAGUGCCUGCACAGUGACACAGUAAAGAUGUGUAGUGAUGUGAACUGUGUCACCUGUGUCAUGAUGCUCUCGUGUAAUAUCUUUCCAAUAAAAUGUUUUUACUGC